UCCAUUCUCCACAAUUUUCCAUUCAGAAGCAGCUGCUGUUUGCUUUUUUCGUAGCAACUUCGAUUGGGAACGUGAUUCCUUGUCUCUUUCGCGACCGGAUAUUCCACAAAACCUACGCGUUUUGCGUGCCGGUCACGGCUGGAAAAUAAAAUGACGGAAAACAAAACGGAAUUCGACUGGGGAAAUGAAAAGUUACAACGCGCUCAAAAGACUGUUGACGAAUCGCCAUAUGACUUAGAAGCAUGGAGCAUACUUAUAAGAGAGGCACAGAUCAGACCAAUCACAGAAGUACGACCAGUAUUUGAGAAACUUGUAACAGUAUUCCCAUCGGCUGGACGUUAUUGGAAAAUUUACAUAGAACAAGAGAUGAAAAUGCGGAACUUUGAGAAAGUGGAAAAGCUUUUCCAAAGGUGCCUCAUGAAAAUAUUAAAUAUUGAAUUGUGGAAACUAUAUCUUUCUUAUGUCAAAGAAACGAAAGCAAGUCUAACUACGUAUAAGGAAAAAAUGGCACAGGCGUAUGACUUCGCAUUGGAUAAAAUUGGCAUGGACAUACAUUCUUACAGUAUUUGGAAUGAUUAUGUCAUGUUUUUGAACGUCGAAGCGGUUGGAUCAUAUGCAGAAAAUCAGAAAAUUAGUGCUGUACGAAAGGUUUAUCAACGAGGCGUUAUUAAUCCCAUGAUAAACAUGGAACAAUUAUGGAAGGAUUACAUGUCGUUUGAGCAAAAUAUUAAUCCAAUAAUCGCGGAGAAAAUGGCCAUCGAAAGAUCUAGAGACUAUAUGAAUGCAAGACGCGUCGCUAAAGAACUGGAAGCGGUUACGAGAGGUUUGAAUCGGAGUGCACCCAGCAUCCCUCCAACUGGUCAUCCUGAAGAAGUUAAACAGGUCGAAUUAUGGAAGAAAUAUAUUGCAUGGGAACGUAGUAAUCCUCUAAGAACAGAAGAUACAUCGCUGGUCGCUCGGAGAGUUAUGUUCGCAAUUGAACAAUGUCUCUUAUGUUUGGGUCAUCAUCCUGCGGUAUGGCAUCAAGCGGCGCACUUCUUAGAGUUGAGUUCUAAGAUAUUGACGGAGAAGGGUGACGUGAAUGCGGCCAAGAAUCUCAGCGAUGAGGCUGCUACUAUGUUUGAGAGAGCGACAAACACAUUAUUAUCGAAAAAUAUGUUGCUAUAUUUCGCGCACGCAGACUUCGAAGAGGGUAGAGUGAAAUACGAGAAAGUGCAUCAAAUAUAUCAAAAGUUCCUUGAUAUACUUGACAUAGAUCCUACCUUGGCAUAUGUACAAUAUAUGAAAUUUGCGAGAAGAGCCGAAGGUAUAAAAUCUGCGAGGACAGUAUUCAAACGAGCACGAGAGGAUAUAAGAUGUAAACACCACGUUUACGUUGCUGCUGCGUUAAUGGAAUAUUAUUGCACUAAAGAUAAAACCAUAGCAUUUCGUAUAUUUGAAUUAGGAUUAAAGAAAUUUGGAGAUAAUCCUGAUUAUAUUCUUUGUUAUAUAGAUUACUUGUCACAUUUAAAUGAGGAUAAUAAUACAAGAGUCCUAUUCGAGAGGGUAUUAUCUUCUGGCUCUAGCUUAGAACCAGAAAAAUCGGUAGAUAUAUGGAAUCGUUUUUUGGAGUUCGAAUCUAAUAUUGGUGAUUUAGCUAGUAUCGUAAAAGUCGAGAAGAGACGAAGUGCAGUAUUGGAAAAGAUUAAGGAAUUCGAAGGAAAAGAGACCGCUCAAUUAGUAGAUAGAUACAAAUUCUUGGAUUUGUAUCCAUGUACUGCUAUGGAAUUGAGAUCAAUAGGAUACAUGGAUGUCUCCAGCGUUGCUAGAAAUUCCAUUGGAGUUAUACCCCGCGUACCUGAUCCAGAAGAAGCGAUUGCCGCUUUGCCCAGACCUGAUUUGUCGCAAAUGAUUCCAUAUAAGCCAAAAGUAAAUCCCUUACCUGGUGAACAUCCGGUUCCAGGUGGUUCAUUCCCAUUACCAACGGCCGCGGCUCAAUUGUGCACCAUAUUGCCUCCACCUGGUUGCUUCAGAGGCCCAUUUGUUAUCGUUGAUUUAUUAAUGGAUGUUUUCAGUAGAAUUCAAUUACCUGAUCAUGCUCCGUUGCCAGUGGCAGAUAACGGAUGCGACACCAAAUUGUUCGAUCUCGCGAAAUCUGUGCAUUGGAUUGUCGAUGAAAGUAAUGAUGGCAUGAGCCUCGGAUCGAAACGUAGACGGACGCGUUUAGGUGGCGAUGACAGCGAAGAGGAAGAUUUACCGCCUCCACCUGUAAAUGAUAUUUACCGCCAAAGACAACAGAAGCGAGUUAAAUAAAUGAGAGGAACGAAUGACAUAAAUGGUAAAAAUAUGUAUGAAUGGUCAUGAUACGUUCGUAAUGAUGAUUCAUAAUGUCGCGGAUGUAUUUUUAUGAAUUAAUUUCUUGUCGCUAUUGAUUGGUGGGAGGAACAGACUUAUCAUUAUCGUGAAGCAUAUAUUACAUUUGUAAAGUUAUUAAAUUCCUUAUGUGACACUCCGUGCACAAUAUUUUUAAGUACUAUGUACUUAGAAAUUCUAUUGCGUCCUUUGGUUCUAUCCUUCAUAUGUAUACAAUUGUU